CAUUUACUAGAGUAGGAGCACUCCGGUUCAAACCGCGCUGAGAUCCGCUUUCCACUUCCUUUCCAGAGCCACUGUUGCCUCUGGUCAUAUGACAACAAGGGGAGAGCGGCUGCAGGAUAGUCUCUACAGUUUCUGCCUUACUUGGAGUACAAGGAAAAUGUCUGUGGCGAAGCUUGAGGAAUGUCGAGAGCAGAUUGGGAAAGCACUGGACAAUGCAGUGGACUUCUGGCUCAAAUACUCUCAUGACACUAUACACGGAGGCUUCUUCACUUGUAUCGGGAGGAAUGGGAAGGUUUAUGAUGAGCUGAAGUAUGUCUGGCUGCAGGGCAGACAGGUGUGGAUGUAUUGUCGCCUGUACCGAACCAUGGAUCGCUUCCGCAAGCCUGAAAUCCUUGAAGCAGCAAAAGCUGGAGGAGCAUUCCUCAGAAAGUUUGCCCGUGUCUCUAGCGGCAGCAGUGGCCAGUGGAAGUGUGCCUUCUGCCUAACAAGAGAUGGUAAAGCAGUCAAAAUCCAGAGGACUAUAUUCAGUGAGUGUUUCUACAUCAUGGCCAUGGAUGAACUGAGCAGGGUCGUUGGUGACAAGGAAAUGCAGCUGGAGGCUGAACAGAUGAUGGAGCAGUUGAUCCACUGGGUUCGGGUGGAUUCGUCAGGCCUGGGUCGGCCCCAGCUUCCAGGAGAUGUUCCCACCAACAGCAUGGCAGUUCCCAUGAUGCUGUUGUGUCUGGUGCGACAGCUAACUGAAGGCCGGGGUCAGGAGGUUGUUCAGAAGUACAGAGAGCUGGCUAGCUGGUGUGUACAUGAGAUUCUACAACACAUCCAGAGAGAUGGCACAGCUAUUCUAGAGAGCGUGUCACUGGAGGGAGCAGAGCUGCCGGGUUGCCAUGGCCGAGUGCAGAACCCAGGCCAUGCCCUGGAAGCAGGCUGGUUCCUACUUCAGUUCAGUGCAGAGCAGGGGGACGAGGAGCUCCAGAGGACUGCCAUUAACAAGUUUGUGGAACUCCCUUAUCAGAAUGGCUGGGACAAAGAGCACGGCGGCCUCUUCUCUUUCCUGGAUGUGGAUGGUCACUGCCCCACACAGCUGGAGUGGAGUAUGAAGAUGUGGUGGCCCCACUGUGAGGCUCUUAUUGCCUUCCUGAUGGCCUACAGUCAAACCAAGAAGCCAGAGCUGCUGGAGAGAUUUUUCGAAGUUUAUGAAUACACCUUUGCCCAUUUUCCUGAUGGUGAGUGUGGCGAGUGGUUCGGCUAUUUGACACAAGAAGGGAAAGUGGCACUGGAUUUUAAAGGAGGCCCCUUUAAAGGGUGCUUCCACGUGCCUCGCUGCCUGUACAUGUGUGAGCGUAUUCUGGAUGAUCUGCUGGCAAACAAGGACUGAGCAGUCUGACAUGAAUGUUGUAAUUACCAGACUGAAUCUGAUUUGUCUGUUUACUGAAUCACACCACAAUAUAAUCAGGUUAUGAAGCAAAUUGCACUCAUUUUUAACAAGGCAUUGCUGUAAAGGUUGUUUAAUCCCAUCACAAACAUCCAGUCACUGAGAGGCUCAUAAAAUCUCUUGAGAAGCUAUAUUACAACAACAACAACAACAACAACAACAACAACAAAAAAGCUUCUUUAUAUAUUUAGUUUGUAUUGACAUUAAUGUAAGGUACCUUUCUUGGGUCAGACUGUUUGUACUUUGCACCUGUCUGACAUCUUGUUUUUAAAUGUACAUUCCUGUGUCAGGGCUAAUACUCAUUCAGGCUCAUGCUGACAUCUACAGGCAGUUUAGAUUUCCCUCUUCACCUGGCUGCAUGUCUGCAGAAACAGACACAGGGAGAACCUAAAAACUCCAUACUAAAACAAUUGACCAUGCUGGAUUGAUAUCCAACCCAGGGGCUUUCUUCUGUAAAGCAACAUUGUUAACCACUGAGGCACCAUCCUGCUUUCAUCAUACAUAAAACAUUAACACCAAAAAAAUCAUUUUUGUAAAGAUGUGCCUUCUUCAUGCACUCUUGAGCCAGCUUUGAAGACUUUUUAAGGAACAUGUAUUUUUUACAUCCUAUUCAUUCCAGUUUGUACUUUGCUCAAAGCAUGCAAAUAGCUAUUCAGACAUACUGGGGAAUCAUAGUGUAUGUUAAAGAAAGAUGCUAGAGUAUAUUAGUACUAGUGACAUGCUUCUGAUUUGUAUACUUGCAGGCCAAUAAAUGCAAUGUACUAUAUUGAAAUAUUACAAAAUUAAAUAUUAAAUGUGCAAUGUCAUGUAUGCAAAUUAUGUCAUUGCAUUGCAAUGCAUUCAUUUGUACUUACACAGUUACUGAUGUUGAAGUUGACAGGUGAAUGAAGAACAUCUUGUGAAGCCAGCAGAAACAGAAUUUAACUGUAAGGAAACCAAUCUACCACAGUAUGCAGCAAGAUUCACUUAAUGACUGAGACAAUUUUACAAAUUGAAAAAACAACAACAAAAAAACCCCUGCUUUAUUUAUUUAUUAAUUUAUUUUUAUGCCUCUGUGCCGGCCAUAGCUGUGGCAAGAAGCAUUUUAUUUUUGGGACAUCCGUCUGUCAUGUUCUCAUGAACACAAUAUCUCAACAACACCUUGAGAAAUUUUCUUCAACUUUGGCGCAAACAUCCACUUGGGCUCAACGAUGAACUGAUUAGAUUUUGGUGUUCAUAGGUCAAAGGUCAAGGUCACUGCGUCUUUGUCUUGUCUCAUUCUUGUGGACACAAUAUCUCAAGAGCAUACCAUGAAGGAGUGUCUUUAAAUUUUAGGCAAGCGUUCAUUUAGACUCAACAAUGAACUGAUAAGACUUUGAUGGUCAAAGGUCAAGCUCACUGUGACCUUGCUUCUGUCUCAUUCUCAUGAACACGAUAGCUCCAGAACACCUUGAGGGAAUUUCUUCAGAUUUGGCACAAAUGUCCACUUGGUCUCAACAAUGAACUGAUUAGAUUUUGGUGGUUGAAGGUCAAAGGUCAAGUUCAGUGUGACCUCACAGAAUAGGAUUUUGGCCAUAACUUAAGAAUUCAUACGCUAAUUAUGACAAAAUUUGACACAAAUGUCUAAUAGGAUAAAAUAAUGAAGUGAUGACAUUUUAUAUCCAGAAGGUCAAAGGUCAACUUCACUGUGACAUCAUAAUAUUCUGCAUAAAACACUUUUCUGGCCAUUAUUCAAUGUCAUAUCUCAGGAACAGAAGAGGGGACUUUUGGUCAGAUACUGAACUGAUGACACUCAUCUUGGGUGUCCAUUUUGAAACUGUGCUGAUUGUACAGAUCUGUGCUGUUGUGGAGAAGCAUCCAUGUUUUUACAGACAUGGAUGUAAACUGUCAGAGAAACUUGACUAGUGCAAGGAGCCAUACAACCAUGAGGCAGUAAUUCUAGUUAUGAAUUUGUUAAGUUGAUAUGGCCAGCUUCUAGUCAACUGAUAUGUAUUGACACAUGGAAAAGGCGUGGAGAAGUAUUGUUUUGGUGUUGCGCUCAUGGCCAGCUCCUAAGAAAGAAAUCAGUCUUGUUGGCUGCUAAAUGCUCCACUAUGUUCACCAGCUAGUCCCCAAAUGUGUCUGUCUGCUGUUGCUGCUAAGCAGGUAGAGUAAAGUGGGCUUAUCAGAGCCUGCUGCUACUCGAAACAGGGGUGAUGAGAGUGACGAAUCUGUACCAAAACAUGGUACUGACUGUAUAUAGCAGCACCACAUAGAACAUAAAAUAUAGAGGUUUCAAAACAUAACGGACUCAAAAUAAAGGUAUUACAUCUCAUUUGUCCCUUUACUUUGCCUUGAUAAAAAGCCACCAUACAAAAUGUAAUCAUCUGAGA